AUGCCACCAAAACUCCAUCCCUCGCUUUCAAUACAGGCCAUCCUCUACACAGAAUCCUUUUUCUUCUGUCCCUCCUGCUCAACAUGGCGUCGCUCAAUUUCCUCCCAGGCAUCUUCCGCACGCUACCGAAAUCUUAAUCCUACUUGUCGAAGCCGUUCCGCGUCGACCUUUGCUCCUCCAUCCACAGCUCCGCACGCAAUCAAUGUCACGAGGAAUAUCCCGGAACGGUUUCAGGAGCUAUAUUCUGCCUUGCGCAGCGUGUAUGAUGUUGCUGCAACACAUGUUAACCCGAGUAGGCUACAAUUGGCUUUAAGGGGACUGGAAACCGAGAUGCCCGUUAUUCGGGUCGCUGUUCUUGGUUUGGAUAAUACGUCUACGACGGCUAGGCUUGUGCGACUACUCCUGGCUGACCCGUUGAGUCCAAAGCAGGAAUGGGAGAAUUAUCUGGAAACAUAUCGGAUGGACACUUCCCGUGGCUUAUUGAUAAAGUAUGGCGAACGAACAGAUCUCGCUGCUGACUAUAGCUUGGUACCAACUAUAUCGGUUCCCUCAAUAGCACUGAAAGCUGCCAACCUGGAAAUUCUCGUUUCUCCCCUGGGUGCGAGUUUGAAUGCGGAUAGCCAUAUCACAAGUAGCACUUUUCUCGUUCCUACCAUUGCCAUCCAGUCGACCAGUACGGGGGCUCAUACUUUGGUCCGAUACCCUGUGCACAAGAGCAUUGUCUGUGGGAAAGGUAUUGAUGGAUUACUGGCAUAUAUGAGGCUGGUAGAACGUGCGAAUACCAAAGAACCUGAAACAAUACGUGCUGCAUUCGAACUCAAUUUGAACAAAGGUUCAACUCAAGAAAAAGAAGGAAUUUCUUUUGUCAAUAUCGACCGUGCGGAGGCGGCAUUGGAUACAUUCCGUAAAUCUGUCCAAAAUGCAACAGAGUAUGAGAAGGGCUGGUUAGGGAGCGGGGUUCAACCUUUGAUAGAAUGGAUGUCGGCCCCUUCGAAGGCUGAGACUCUCGAUCCUUCAAUUAGAAGGCUUGUUGGAUCAGUUCUAGAUGGAGCAGAGGAAAGCAUCAUUAGGGACCAGCACCAACAAAAAUUGGUGCGUGAAUCUAAGACUGUCCCGGAAGAAGUGCGAAUGGCUUUGCAGGAAACAGUUAGCUCGUGGGCGGAACGUGCGCAUACAGAACUGCGAGACACUCUCAAUCAGGCAUUUGCGAGUAAGCCGUGGCGGACUCUUUCUUGGUGGAAGUUAUUUUGGCAUGUAGAUGACGUGGGGGUGAUAACUUCUCGUAUAUUGCGGACGGCAUGGCUCCCAGAGGCCGAGAACGGGGUAAUUUGGAUUGGUGGGAAAAUCCAUCAGGCAGGACUGUUGAACCACGAGGCGAAUCCAACGCUGGAUGUUCAGGAGUCCCCAGAAUCCAAGUUAUCCUCGUCGUUUCCCAAGGAGAAGCUUUGGCCCACGCAGAUUCCAGAUAUUCGGCACCAACUUUCCACUCUAAGUGUCCCUUCUUUACAUGCCCUCGCACAGAAACUUGUUUUGUUCAGCGUGUCAACCACUGCACUAAGUUCCGCGCUUUCUGCCCUGGUGUAUGUUUCCUCUUUAAGCUCUUCGGUAUAUGAAGCCGGCACCAUCGCGACGAUCGGACUCUUCGUCUCCCUGCGCCAACAACAGAAGGGCUGGGAUGCGGCACGAGGCUUCUGGGAGCGCGAGGUCUGCGAAGAAGGCCGACGCGCCUUGAAAGACACUGAGGAGUCACUCCGUACCGUGAUUUAUGAAGGUGGGCGGGCGAUCGAAGCAGCUCCGGAAACUGAAGCACUGCAACAAAUCAACAGAGCCCGUCAAGCCCUCUCGGAUGUAAAAUAG